CGUGCGAUAAACGAUUCGGAACCUUUCUGCCGGGCCGUCUGGGAUGGACUUCUAUGUUGGCCUUCCAGCUCUCCCAACCGAACCGUUUAUCUGGCCUGCCCUCAGGAGAAGGGUCUCGAUACGUCACAGUUUGCCAGCAGAAGAUGCGAUCAGGAAGGCAAGUGGGCUGGAAGAGAUCGAGACGAAAUUUCGGAGGGAUGGACCAACUACACUUCUUGUUUUACACCCGAGGUGAAAAGUAUUCUGGACAGACUGUAUCGCGGAUCUUCCGAGGAUAUUCAAAUUAAACUAAAUACGGCCAGGAGCACCAGAGCCGUAGAAAUGGUGGGGUUGAGCCUUUCUCUGACGGCGUUAAUAGCCUCUCUCUACGUAUUCUUCGCAUUCAGAUGCCUGAAGAAUAAACGUACCAAACUACACAGGAACUUGUUUUUGGCCAUGUUUCUACAGGUGAGCGUUCGUCUGAUCGUAUACGUCGAUCAGUGGCUGGCCAGACGUUCUCUGGACGACCCUCUUUCGGGAGGAAAUCGUUCCUUAGGCAUCGAGAAUACGAUGAUCCUGUGCGAAGUGUGUUACGCGGUGAUGGAAUACGCCAGGACUUGCGUUUUCACUUGGAUGUUCCUAGAAGGAAUACACUUACAUACCACCGUGGUUUUAGUCUUUAGAAAAAAGGUGGACUUCCUCGUUUUCCACUUGAUCGGAUGGGGUUUUCCUUUAUUCUUGGUGUUAGUGUGGGGAACAACCAUGGCCACACUCUCGCUUAGAUGUUGGUGGGGAUAUCACUUCAGCGCUUACUUCUGGAUUCUGGAAGGACCCAGGAUGUUCAUUAUUAUGGUGAAUUUGGUGGUGUUAUUGAACGUGGUUCGAGUGGUGAUGAUUAAGGUGCAGAAAAGUGUUUCCAACGAGUUCCAGCAAAUCAGAAAGACUAUCCGAGCGGCUCUAUUGCUUCUCCCUUUAUUGGGAAUUACUAACCUGUUGGACAUCAUUCCCGGUCCUUUGGAUAAAUCUCCCGUCCAGUUCGCCGUCUGGUCCUACACCACACACAUCUUGUCUUCCUUCCAAGGAUUCUUCUUGUCUCUUCUCUAUUGCUUCCUCAAUCGUGAGGUAAAACAAGCGAUGAAGAAGCAUUGGUCAUUCAUCAAAUUUUCUUAUUUCAACGGAAUAGAAAGGAAGAGAAUCGAAAGUCGAGGCCAUUUUAAUCUUACUUUCAUCUCUCACCUUAAUUCCUUUCGAGCCAAUAUCGAAGACGGGCCAGUGUUAGAAGAGGAGAGGGAAACGGCGACAUUGUAAGGUAGAGAAUAGGGAAGAAUGAUUUACUUCUAUAGAUUAAAUACAGCAGAGAUCGCUACAGGAUUUAAACAGUAUAUUUUUGAAGAAAUUCGAAUCGACCGCACUCGUCUUCUAUACAAAUAUCAUUCGCUAUAAUAAAACGUUAACGAAUAGGAUGUAGUCGGAGUUUUAUAUUAUCAUUCUUCGCCGUUGACCGGAAGAAAACGUUAUAGAAAUACGUCUUCUUCCCGACAAGAUAUAUUUAAAAAUCCAUUUGGCGACUGAUUAUCCGGAAGAGCUAGACGAAUCGAUCAGAAGUUAAUUUCUAUAAAUGGAUACAGUAGGAAGAAACGGGACUUAUUUUACUCUAAGAAUAACGCUUUGGGUUCGAACCCGCUCCUUUAGACAUGCCAAAGACUCCUUAUAUUUGCAACAGAUUCCGUUGUAUUAAUCUUAAGAAUGUCUCGUCUACCAUGGCGAUUUUAUCAAUCGGAAUUACAUAAUCUUUUGUUUUUCUUUAAAUGGCGAAAAAUAUAAUUCUAAAUCCCCGAUCGAUGUGGUUCGUAGGAUAAUAGAGACAUUUGACUAGAGAAAUCGUAAUCCUACAA